AUGUCUGAAGAUGCUUUGUUGGAAGAGGAUAUUUGGGAGUACAGAUCCCUUAGGAAGCAAAAGCGACAGAGUAGUUCAGAGACCAUCUCUACACCUGUGCAGAAAGUAAGUGAUGACAAGUGCAGGCCAAAAAGAAAGGGGAAUAAAAGUAAAAAAAAAUCCGUAGAAAAAACUGAUACGCUUCAGGAAACCGAGCAGCGAUCAAGGCCAAGUCAGGAUGUAGAUCAAAGCAAAGAUGACAGUAGUGCGCACUCCCAGGAAAGCGUGAGUAGCCUGACGGGACAGAGCUCGCAAAAUGCAAAGCCCGUUCAUGAUGGAUACUGUCCGAGCUGCCAGAUGCCUUUCUCUUUGCUAUUGGUCCAGACACCUCGAUGGCACGUUGCCGAAUGUUUGGAUACUCCAGGAUCCAUUGAAAAAGAGUGUCCUGAUGGUUUACUGUGCACUUCCACCAUUCCAUCCCACUACAAGCGCUAUAGCCAUUUUCUGCUUGCAGCAAGCAGGGCAGGAGAUUAUCUUGUAAACUCUUCAGCAAACACUUUGGAGAGGAAGGUGACAUAUUCUACUGCUGCAAAGCCCAGCUGUUCCCCAGGUUGCGUACAGGACAUUUCACAGAAUGAGAAACCAUCUAAUAAUGUAAAAAAUGUCCCAAAUGAUGACUGUACGUUGAUGGUGCAGAGUUCAUCGCAAAUGAAGUCUCUAAAUAUAAUCAGUGAAAGUACUUCCUCUUUUGCAGAUGUUCAAAAGCCUCAACAGACACGUCAGCUUACACAGACCACAGAUAAUAGUUGUAAAUUUGAAUUUUAUGACUUUGCAUCCUCUCAAGAAAGUGGAACAGAAGAAGAUCUGUAUAGUCAGAAAGAUACAAGUCAGCCAAGUCUACUACAGUCAAAAGCUGACUUCAGUGACUGUGAAAUUUCUUAUUCUCCACUGAGUACUUUUGAGGAAAGUGAAGAAGAAAUUGAGGAAGAGGAGAAGAAAGUACAAAUAUCACAAAAUAAAUUAUUCAAAGUCCAGAACUUUGAAGAUGAAGAAUCUAAUUCUGUGGUGCUUAGAACAUUUGAUGGACUUUUCUCACAGCAGAAGUCUCAGCAUGAGCAUACCAAAAUGGGAAAUUUAAUACUGAAAAAAAGCCACUGUGAGGAAGUAAAUACAUUGAACCAUGUAGAUCAUAGCGUAAAAACUGUUUCUCAGAGUCACAGCAAGUUCUGUAAUUCAGCAUGUGUAGAUAAUCAGCAUCAGCAACAGGCACUAGCCAGUGGAUCCUGUUUUCCUUUUAAUUGCGAGGAGGUUGAACAGCCAGAACUGAUUUCCUGUGCUGCUAAAGCAGGUAAUACAGAGUCAGAAGAUACUAGCGCUUGUGCUUUGGAUUCUGCAUACAUGAGUUUUACUGAGACAUCAUCACUGCUAGUUAGAGAAGGUGCUGGGUCUCUUCUGACACAGAAAAGUAAUGUUUUGAGGGACCCAAGUAACAUCGUAACUAAUACAGAUAAAAUGCCUGCCAAUGCAAUUGGAAAAACAGCUCGCCAGGAGAAUUUGCAGUCAGUAGUGGAGAAAGAAGGAAAUCUUAAUACAGCUGCUGUGUGCUUUCCCAGCCCCAUCUCUAAAACAGUGUCAUCUCUUUCUUUAGCAAGUAUGAAUGCCAAAUCCAGUCCUGCCAAAGAACUCAAGCAAAUGGACAUUGGUGUUUUCUUUGGGUUAAAACCCAAAGUAAAAGAGGAAAGUAAAGGAGAGACUCAUUUAAGUGAGGGAAAGCAGAUACCAAGUUCAGUAACUCCCAAUGGAAAGAGGCCCAAACAGCAAAAAAGGAAAGCUGAAGGGUCUGUGGAAGAUGUAGAAGCAGUUAUAGAAAGUUCAAGUAAAAAUGGAGCCUUUGCAGAUGUUAGUUCUGGUGGCCAACGAAGGUGGAGAAAAAAAUUUAAAGAAUUACGUACUACAGGUGAAGAAACAAGAAAAAAACACUGCCCUUUCUACAAGAAAAUACCAGGAACUGGUUUUACAGUUGAUGCCUUCCAGUAUGGAGAAAUUGAAGGCUGCACAGCUUAUUUCCUUACUCAUUUUCACUCGGAUCACUAUUGUGGGCUAACAAAAAACUUCAUGUUUCCAAUCUACUGUAAUAAGAUAACUGGCAACCUGGUGAAGAGCAAACUUCGAGUCCAAGAGCAGUACAUCCAUGUGCUGCCGAUGGACACAGAAUGUAUAGUGAAUGGGAUCAAAGUGUUGUUGCUCGAUGCCAAUCAUUGUCCAGGUGCAACAAUGAUCCUUUUCUGUCUACCUAGUGGAACUGUUAUUCUGCACACAGGAGACUUCAGGGCAGAUCCUUCCAUGGAGCGCUACCCUGCUUUGAUCGGUCAACAAGUCCACACCCUUUACCUUGAUACCACAUACUGUAGUCCUGAAUACACUUUUCCUUCUCAACAAGAGGUUAUCCAGUUUGCUGUCAAUACUGCCUUUGAGACAGUGACUUUAAACCCACGUACUCUAGUUGUCUGUGGCACCUAUGCUAUUGGAAAAGAAAAAGUUUUUUUAGCAAUUGCUGAAGUUCUGGGCUCAAAAGCAAGUAUGUCCCGCGACAAGUACAAAACACUGCAGUGCUUGGAGUCAGCAGCUGUUAAUUCCCUCAUCAGUGUGGACUGGGAUGGUACUUUGCUUCAUGUGCUUCCCAUGAUGCAAAUUAAUUUUAAGGGCUUGCAAGAUCACUUGAAUAAGUUUUCUGCGAAUUUUGAUCAAGUUCUGGCUUUCAAACCUACUGGGUGGACCUACUCUGAUUCAUGCCGUUCUCUGGUGGAUAUCAAACCUCAGACAAGAGGGAAGAUCACCAUAUAUGGGAUUCCUUACAGUGAACACAGCAGUUACCUGGAAAUGAAGCGUUUUGUUCAAUGGUUGAAGCCACAGAAAAUCAUCCCCACUGUAAAUGUUGGUGACUGGAGAGCCAGAAGCUUGAUGGAGAAGCAUUUUAGAGACUGGAUGAUUGAGGGCAGUAGGCAUAAAUAAAUAUAAGGAAGAAUGUAUUUUUCAAAAGAGGUAGGCUGGAGUGGGAAUUGUGAGUUCCUGUGAGUUUUAUUUAACUCCUUUUUCCGCGGAGCUUUCUUUAGG